UGAUCGAUGCCUGACAAUCAAAUUAUCGUAGAUUGUUCUAGAAGAUAGACGUGUGGGCGAGGAAUCAGUGCAGCUUGUUUAGUUCCAAUUUAACGUCAAAAGCCGCAAAAACUUAAUUUACAAAAUUAUUACCACUAAUUUGUUAAAAAUUAAACUAAGAUAUAAUUUAUUUUAUUGUGUAUUAUGUAUACAGAUUAUGAGCCUGAAUUUAAGUUGGAUCUACCCGACCAUAUUAUAUAUGACAAUGUCGACCCAUAUGAGCCGACAUAUAAGCCGGAUGCCCCAAACUUCCGGUCUUCUGUUAAUUCUAAUGUUGAUGAAAUCAAAACAGAAACUUCACACCAAAUGCCUCCUUUUCCACACUCGUCGUAUCUGAAAGAUGGUAAACGUAUCUAUAAAUUUUCACGCACAAAUAGCGACAGGGAAAGGUCCAAAAUGUGGAAAGAUGCUGCUGAUGACAUACUCAGAAGAAAUCAAAACAUUACUGAUAUUGUCGAAAAAAGAAGAAAAAAAGAUACUGUGAUUUCGGUGAUAUAUCCCUGUCUGCACAGCGUUAAAGGUCGUGUUGAUCCGGACACGGAUUCGAAGUGUCCUCUUUGUAAAAAACCUAUUCACAAAGUGUUUACAAAGGCUAGUGAGAAAUAUUAAAUAAACGUGCAAUUUCCAUAAAGAAAUUUUAAUGAGUCACUGGAUGCACUUUUUUUUGGCGGGAAAAAAUGUCCCCAGCUGUUCCAGACCAGAAAUGGU